AACAUGGCAAAAGCAGGUAAUGGGUCUCCCACUGCCGUUCCGCAGGACUUCUGUGAUGGGUCUCCUACUGAAGUAUUAUUGGACAGAGAUCCAAGCAAGCUUGAAGACACGUUGGCAGGAACCAAACCCAGUUCGGACAAUCAGCCUGAAACAUGUACUGGUAAUACACCAUUCAUGUGUGGGGAGUGUGGGCACAGGACAGCUCGGAAGUCUGACUUAUCACGACACGUAAGAACUCAUACUGGUGAUAAACCCUACAUGUGUGGGGAGUGUGGGCACAGGACAGCUCGGAAGUCUGACUUAUCACGACACGUAAGAACUCAUACAGGUGAAAAACCCUUCAAGUGUAACCAGUGUGACUAUUCUGCUGCAGCGAAGUUCAAUUUGGACAAACAUUUAUCCAAACAUACUGGUGAUAAGCCCUACAUGUGUGGGGAGUGUGGGAACAGGACAGCUGGGAAGGGUGACUUAUCCAAACAUAUGAGAAUCCACACAGGAGAAAAGCCCUACAAGUGUGACCAGUGUGACUAUUCUGCUGCACAGAAAUCUACUUUGGACCAACAUGUUGCCAAGCGCACUGGUGACAAACCCUACAUGUGUGGGGAGUGUGGGCUCAGGACAGUAGACAGGGGCCACCUUUCAAGACACAUGAAAACUCAUACCGGUGAGAAGCCCUACAAGUGUGACCAGUGUGACUAUUCUGCUGUGCUGAAAACUAACUUGGACAGACAUCUAACCACACACACAGGUGAAAAGCCCUACAUGUGUGAUAAGUGUGGGUACAGGGCAGCUCAAAGGUCUAGCUUAUCCCAACAUAUGAGAACUCAUAUGAGCGAAAAACCCUACAAGUGUGACCAGUGUGACUAUUCUGCUGCACAAAAAGCCACCUUGCACCAACAUAUGUCUAAACACACUGGUGAUAAGCCCUACAUGUGUGGGCAGUGUAGGUAUAGGACAGCUCUAAAGGGUGACUUAUCCAAACAUAUGAGAACUCAUGCAGGUGAGAAAGUACAUGUGUGAGCAGUGUGAGUACCCAGCUCUGGAAUCAGAUGUCGCCUCGCAUCUAGUUAAGCAUGCAGAUGAGAAACUCUAAAUGUGUACAUGUAUGUGGAACAAAGGGGGAAAUGAAUGCAAGAACGCUGAGUCCCACGCCAAUAUCUGGGAAUAACUCACAGUUUUAAGGUUCCUUGUUUGUAACCAAUCAUUUGUUAAGGCUCCUUUGCAACAUUCCCCUUUGGAAGGGCCUUAACCUAGGACAUAAGUGCUGGAAAAAAGUGAGAAGGCUUAUUUGUACUAAAGAGAAUCCCUAUAGAUAUGAUAACACUGUUCAGCUACUUACUCUUUAUCAAGUACAAAUGUAUUUUAUGUUUAUGUCAAAGAAAUCUACAACAGAGAGGAGCAUGCUUUGUUACAUGUACUGUAAGUGAAGAAUAUAACGAGAUGGUGUAACUCAAUAAGGAAGUCAUUUCUGUCAAAUCUGAUGCAGACUAUUCUGACGCCUAAUUUUGUAUCGACCUACUAGAAAUGAUAAAGCUGUAUUUGCACAUCUACUUAUUCCCUACCAAGUGUAGUUACUAAGUCUGCACCAAGUAUUUUAUGUAUAUUAUAUCCUAAAGUAAAGCUCGACUUUAGUUAAGAAGUGAACUAGCAUUACUGUCAUUUUUUUUCUUACUUAUUUACUAACCUGUACACUAUAUAUUUGUACACUACUGAUUACGCUGUUCCUGGAGUUUUAAACUUUGUAAACAAUUGUGAAUUAAGCUGGUGUUUAAUGUAAGAACACAGUUAAGUCAAUACAUGCUCAUUUCUGACAAGCGAAAAUAAAGAUAAUUGAUAAAGCAA